AUGCCACAAAGUGACCCAUCUCCUCGAUGGUGGCCCCCAUGGAAGAAGGGACAGAACAAGGGCUCGCCGUCGGAGCAGCGGCCCGCCUUUCCGGCCUACGAUGCCCUGCCGAUCACUGGGGGCAAGUCUACGGGGCACAACAAGGGCCAGCUGGUUGCCAGGACGGAAGAAGAUGGGGAGGGACAUCUUGUCCCCACGGUCCAGCGGGCCCUGAAUGGGGCGAGGAAGGCCGAGAACAAGCUGACCAAGCUCCUGCGCGACAAGGAGAUUGCCAAACAGCAGUGGAGCCAAUAUCUACAGGCGAAGCACUUCACGGCCAUUGGCAACCCCCAGGCCUCGCGUACGAUCUACAUCUGCUACGAUGCGGGCCACUUCACGCUCAUACGUCCUAAGGUUGGCCACUCCUUUCCUGACGAGUGGAAGAAGCUAGGCAAAGACAGGCUUGAAAUGGAGGUGAAUGUCCCCCGCGGCGGUGGCACUGCAGACACGCGCAGCGUCACUACUUGUAAGUCGUGGCUUCAGUCUGAGGAUGCGGAGUCUGUCCGUACGAGCACUUCAUGGCUCCCAGAGGCGCCGAUGACACCGGACGACGCUCGUACAGUCGCUUCCUGGAUGCCAGAGGAGGAAGUCAUUGCAGAGAUUGUCAGGAUGGGGGGCAAGGUUGAGUCAUACCCGUGGCUCAACAAGUCCAUGGCCAAGACAAGUCACCACAUCAAAGUGCGCUUUGCUUUGAGGCUCAUGAAGGAGGUCACCGAGCUCCAGCGCAACACGGGACAUGAUUUUGCUUGGAUCCCGCGCAAAGUCUGUGUCAAAGAGCAACGAGUCCGAGGUGCCUGGGGUUGCAGACGAUGCUGUGCGAUCUAUGGCCACCUUUCCACUCUGCGUUUUGCGGCUACCGAAGGUCAUCUUGAACUUUGCCGUGGGCAUGCGGAUCGACCUCAACACCUGCGCAGCCUCGGUUUUAGGAAGGCUUGGAAGGUCCAGAUCAACCGGCCAGUGAUCAGCUCCGUCUUGCGCCUGACAAAGGAGGAGAAAACCCUUCUCAACAAGCGCGGUGACAAGCUCCGGCAACAGCUCGGGGCCCCUCGGCCGCGCAAAGCAGUGCGGAAAAUGUUCCUCAAGGCCUCCAAGGACGCCCAGAACAAGUCACACAAGGACGAGGCGGCCAGCUCUUCUCGAGCGGAUCCUCCUUGCCUGCCUAGCCCUUCUCCCGAGCGCACCAAGCACCCCUAUUGCACUGACGUCCCCAUGACUUUCGACGAGCAGAAGGAGCUCUGGACAUGGAAGUGCAGUCGCUGCGACGUGGAGUUCCAUGGCAAGGAGACCCACAAGCUUGAAGAGCAAGGACGGCGCCAUGUCAGGAAGCACCACGCGCAGGCGGUGAGCAGCCCGGUUUUCAAACACAGGGGCAAGUUCUGUUGGCCAUGCACCGUUUGCAAAUGCAGGGUCACCGCAGACACCAAGUCAAGGCUUAAGGACAGACUGCGAUUGCACAUUGACGGCUUCCACCCCGAGUGCGACCACAGCCAGUUCCUCACCCUUGGCGGCAAGCCCGGCGGCUCACACAGGCCAGGCCCCAAACGAGUCAAAGCCUUGCUGGACGCUGCGAAGGACCGCCUCGUCACACAGGGCAUAGAACCGAACCCGGGACCAUCCAUACGUCGUGGCGCCUCACCAAAGGAGUUCCGGCUGGACUAUGUCAACGUUAACGGCUACAUCAACGCGGCGGUUGCUGUCGCCAACCUCCGGACGCAAACCGCCAAGCCGAACAUCUUCUGCAUGGCCGAGGUCAAGGCAAACAACGCUCAGAGAAACUCCCUCACAUUGCAGCUGAGGAAGUUGGGUUAUCGAACCUUUUGGGCGCAUGAGCCUGACGGGACACGCACCAGAAGAGGCAAGACCAUUACUGCUGGCGGCAUCAUGGUGGCAGUGGUCGAGUGGCAGCACACGCAAGGGGAAAUGAUCCACCUUGAUCUGGGCUACUCCUUCCUGACUGUCGCUUGGCGCAGGCCCGGAUCAGAGCGAGACCAGUACGACGCAGAGGUCAAUACUCUCAAGCUGUAUGCGGCCUCCAGAGCUUCUCCCUGGAUGAUCGUGGGCGACCAAAAUGAUCUCCCCAGCACUCCGUGUUGGUCCGGUGAUCUACACCCGCUGGCGCCAAAGGACGACGAAGGCAACUACAUCCCUUCAAGAUGGGGGGCAACCGAGCCGUGGACUGGGGCGCGGGCAACUGGCCAGGAGAUUGGCAUGCCUCUUUCGGCUUGGAUAAGUUGGGCGAUCACAAGCGCUGUUCACCAGCUGGUUCCGACUCACCACUGGCAGACUCCUGAAGGUGUUCCCCCCGCUGUUUGGAGAGCCCACAUCGCCGACGCCCUCAAGGAGAUGCUUUACGAUGUGCACAUCAUCAUGUUUGUGAGACUGCUGCCGGCCAAGGACCCGCCCUCGCAGGCCCAAGGCCCUAACUUUGGCGAAGAUGCUGCAAAACUCCAGCAACUUGGCAACUUCCUGGGUCGGCUCCUGGAGGCCAGACGCCAACAGGGAAAAAGGGGCAUCGAGCCGGCCCUUCAGCGCAAGAUUAGAGCCAGCUGGCCUGCUGACCUGGCCCGCUCGGACCUAGGAGUGGCCAUCGAUGAAAUCCAGCGCCGCCUCACGGCGGAACAAGGCAAGUGGAGGAGGACUGGUCUGCAGAGGUGGCGGGCCCGAAUGAUGAAGUGUGGCAAGGAGGCACUGCCCUACGACAUCGAUGUGGACGACAGCUUUGACUGGAGCAGCGAAGAUGGGCCCCUCAAAGCUGCUGAGCUCCAACGAACCGCCCAAACCAUGACGGGCGGAUCCGCGGGUCCCGACGGCUGGAGCAGUGCAGAGCUGGCAUCGCUUCCGAUCGCCUUCUGGCAGCAGUUGGAGGGGCGCCUAGAAGAAUGGCACUUGCGUGCUCAAUAUCCAAGGGCGUGGACGCAGGCACGCAUGGUGUGCAUACCAAAAGACCAUCUGGAGCCCAACGCUGAUUGUGUUCAGGUGGAUCGCAUGCGCCCGAUCUCCGUGCUGUCGGCGGUCUACCGUGUUGUCGCCUCUACUUGGAUGAGACGGGGGAGGACGCGCGCCUGGCUCGAUCACAUCAUGCCUGCGGACUUUCAAGGCGGCCUGCAGGGCAGAAGCGCUGAAACAGGUGUCAGACAAUUGGACGCUGCAUACCACUUGCAGCCCAACAUCCUGAUCAGCAUGGACUUCUCACUCUGCUUCGACUACAUCAACCCUCAGCUCCCGCUGGCGAUCUUGCAGAGGCUGGGCGCCCCCGUACGGAUGCUUAGCGUUCUCAGGCCGACCUGGCUGGCCCAGACCAGAUGGCUUCAGUUGGGAGGCAUCACGCUUCCCGAAGGACAAUGGGCAGGCACAUCUUUGCCACAAGGAUGCCCUGCCGCUCCCAUGGGUCUCACGGUUCUUCUUCGCCGGCCAGCCAUGGAUCUUCGACGUCUACUCGAGGAGCGGCUGACGCAGGUGAUUUACCUGGAUGACCCAAAUGUGGUCGUCAAUACCGCUCAGGCCGCCCAUACCGCCAUUCAUGCGUGGCAGCGCUACUCACGGGAGCUCGGUCUUCAGGAGAACAUGCGCAAGCUCCGAGUGAUCACCAAGGACCCUUCGCAGCAACAAGCGCUACGGAGGUUGGGCAUCGAAGUGCACCCCGAGGCCAAGGUUCUGGGUACCACUUUCUUCUCCCAUGACGAGAAGGCGCCUGAGCACUGCGAGCGGGUGGAGCACACGGACAAGAUGACUGGACGCCUCCGAGCCCUGCCCGUCGGUCAAGAGGGCCGUGAGCUGAUGUAUCGUACCAGGGUAGCCCCCGCUGCCUCUUGGGGCUUUUGGUUUAGGCCCUGGUCAACGCAGCGCUGUGAAGUUACAGACACUGCGGCCAGGCGAGCUGUCAACAUCACAUCGUCUGCCGCCCGCGCACUGUGGCAAGUUCUCGCCGGGCACCAGUAUGACAUGCGGUUUUUCCUGAGGCACUCCACCGUCCUCAGCUUCCUGCGAGCUGAGUGGUUCUGGAGGCGACGCGGCAUCCAGCUCCCGCCAGGUUUGUGGACCCAGCAGGUCAAUGCAGACUUCUCGGCCCUCGGCUUCGCCAAGACUGGCCCCUGGCGCUGGAAUCAUCCCACAGCGGGCGAAGUGACAUGGUUCGAAGGGACCCCUCAGCAAGAAAUCCGAAGGACCGGGCACGCUCUCCGAGAAGCUUGGAGACGCAGUCAGUUGAGGGCUUUCCUCCGCCUGAGCCGCCAUGAAGCCACUGAUCUUCAGACGCAAGGGGCAACGUACAGUGAGAAUCAGCUCAGCAUGACAAGGCGUUUGUAUGCGCGAGCUACCGCUGAACAACGUGGAGUCCUUCUUGGAGGUGCAUGCAGCGAGGCUAACUAUGCUCAGAAGAAACGCGGAGCUCGGGAUGGUUUCUGUCGGUUGCUCAGUUGCGGUCUCUGUCAGGAACGCGUGGUCCCAACUUGGGAUCAUGCGGCGUGGAGCUGCCCCCAUUGGCAGGACGGACGUCUUCAUCAUCGAGGUGAUCCCUGGACGAGGCGGUUAGGCUGGGCGGCGCCUACGGAUUCUUUGACUGCGGCCACCUCGAGACUGCAGCAUCUUGGACGCAUCCGUGAGGGCUUGAGGCAGGCAUUUGGCUUCGAACGCGGACGACCGCCCGAACCAUGA